GCAUGGAGGAGAUUCCAGGAAACAGGUAGUUACUCCAGGAGAGCUGGACAGGGCCGUGGAAGGUCCUUCAACCCUCAGCAGGAUCGGUAUCUGCUCCUUUGUGCAAGGAGGAACAGGAUGAGCACUGCCAGAGCCCUACAAAAUGACCUCCAGCAGGCCACUGGUGUGAAUGUUUCUGACCAAACAAUCAGAAACAGGCUCCAUGAGGGUGGCCUGAGGGCCCGACGUCCUGUAGUGGGCCCUGUGCUCACUGCCCAGCACCGUAGAGCUCGAUUGGCAUUUGCCAUAGACCACCAGAAUUAGCAACUACACCAUUGAUGCCCUGUGCUCUUCACUGAUGAGAGCAAGUUCAACCUAAGCACAUGUGACAGACGUGAAAGGGUCUGGAGAUGCUGUGAGAACGUUAUGCUGCCUGGAACAUCAUUCAGCAUGACCGGUUUGGUGGUGGGUCAGUGAUGGUCUGGGGAGGCAUAUCCCUGGAAGGAUGCACAGACCUCUACAGGUUAGAUAACGGCACCCUGACUGCUAUUAGGUAUCGGGAUGAAAUCCUUGGACCCAUUGUCAGAACCUACGCUGGUGCAGUGGGACCUGGGUUCCACCUGGUCCACGACAAUGCCCGACCUCAUGUGGCUAGUGUAUGCAGGUAGUUCCUGGAGGAUGAAGGAAUUGAUACCAUUGACUGGCCCCCACGUUCACCUGACCUAAACCCAAUAGAACACCUCUGGGACAUUAUGUUUAGGUCCAUCUGGCGCCGCCAGGUUGCUCCUCAGACUGUCCAGGAGCUCAUUGAUGCCCUGGUCCAGAUCUGGGAGGAGAUCCCCCAGCACACCAUCCGUAGUCUCAUUAGGAGCAUGCCCCCACGUUGUCAGGCAUGCGUACAAGCACGUGGGGGCCACACAAACUACUGAGAAUCAUUCUGAGUUGCUACAAUAACAUUUUAGCUAAAUGGACCAGUGUGCUGCAUCAUUUUUUCACUUUCAUUUUUGGGGUGUCUUUGAUUUCCCCCCUCUGUAGGGUGAUCAUUUUCAUUUCUAUCAAAUGAUGUGGCAUCAUUUUGUUACUAAUACAUCACCCACUUAUUAUCAGGAAACAUAUUCAACAUCAUUUUUCCCCCAGUUUAGAUCUGAUGUGUUUUCGAAGUGUUCCUUUACUUUUUUUGAGCAGUAUAGUAUUAGUAGUAGUCGUAGUACUCUGAUGACAGAUGGCUGCUAGAGUUGUCCCAGAUUGGAUGUGAGCCAGUAGUUAUUGCGCAAGCCUGCUGAAAGCAUAGAUUGAACACAUUCACCAAAGCCACCAUUUGCAUCCUCUAAUUUGCUUUUGUUUGUCCUCCCUGGCACUUCCUCCUCUCCCACAAGCAAUUAUCUGACAGUGAAAGGGGCCCCCAGGAAUGCUGGCCCAUGAGCAACACGUGUUUGUCAAACUAGUUUACAGCCACUCACGGUGGAGGAAAUCAGACAAUAUUAGGUGAAUUAGACGGCACUGACACUGUGCAUACCUCAGAUUGUUUGUAAGAAUAACGAUACAGUAUAUACAGUACAUAUGCAGUACAACACACAUACAGUAGUACACAUGCUGGGGGUGGGCGAUACUGCAAACUCUGGUAUUGAUCCGAUACCAUGGCACUGCUGUACAUCACACCAAUUUCCUUGAGCUUGACAUUUAUACCUUUUGUCACACAACACAAACCAACAGAAGGUCACCAACCCAAAUGCCUCUUUUGCUCACGGUACAACCAAACAUAACAUACGGAACACAAAAUGUAAUUGCAUCACACGGGCUAUGCGGGUAUCAAAUAAACCCAGACACGCCAAUAUACUGUACAUGCAAAACAAUACUAGCGUGUAUAACCCACAAGGCAUGCUGGGUAACUUUGUGUUGAGUAAGCGUGCACGUGGGCUUGGCACGGGGUUUUCUAUCAAAUAAAGACCUACAAAAGGGUGGCUUUUCCCACAAAUAAAAAAAAAAAAACAAUGUUAAAAUUUCAUGUAAGCGGUCCUCAAUAGAAAAAGUUUGUGCACCCAAAGUGUGGCCCGGGGGCCAUUUGUGGACCACGGCAGUUUUUUUAACGGCCCUCGGCACAUUCUAAAAAUACAAUUAAAAAAAUUAACAUUUUUUAAAAAACAUACUGAAAAAAUGGGAAAAAAGCAGUAAUUUUACGAGAAUAAAGCUGAAAUAUUAGGAGAAUAAAGUCAUAAUAUCAUGUGGAAAAAACAUCUAAUUAUUAAAAUAAAAAUAAAUACAUUGCAGUAAAACAAAAAAAAGUUAAGUUGAAAAAUUACAAGAAAAACACGUUAUUUUCUAAAGUCGACAUAUUAUGAGAAACACGACUAAACAAAAAUUUGCCAUUUUUGGAAAAUUUGGUUGCAAAAAGUUAUAAUAUUACAUCAAUAAAGUCAAAAUAGGGAAGAAAGUCAAGACAUUACCAGAAAAAGAACAUGGAAAUGUUGAAAUAUUUGUAAAGUAAAAAAAACAACAACAGAAAUGGAACAAAAUGAGCAAAAAAAGGUGUAAAUAAGGAUAAAAAGUUCAAACUGAUAAUACGCUUUUUCACCGAUAUCACAAAGCUGAGAUACAGGCUGUUUUAUCUUCUCUUGGGAACACCUGCAGGUGUUCCAAACGUUUGUACAGUAUAUCACUUCAUAGCGUAUCUACAUGGGUUGGUUUGCAAAAUGUAAAAUAUCAAAGUGGUGCGUCCAUCCUUUGAUGGACAAAGUUUGGACACCCCUGAUCUACAACCUUCAUCAGGACUUCCUGAACGAGAAAUAAUGUUGGAUAAAUCUCUGAGCACGAUGCAGUGCUCAAACAUGUUACAUGAUUGUCGAUCCAAAUUGAAUCAUUUUUCUAUUUGACCCGAUUCAAUUGCACAAGUGGUAACUGCACUUUUAAUUAUUUUGCACUGCUAAAACAUUGUGGAUGUGACUGCAUGGGGAUUUUAACGCUUAGUAUUUCUCUUUUCUUGCACAAAUGAAAGAAAAAAGUUGAAUAAGGAACGUGGCUGAGUUUGUGGCAAUUUGACGAGGACAGGCUAUGGUUCUUUGAGGCCUCACUGGGAGCAAUACACUGCAGUUUGUGUGCUGUCUGGGCCGGUGAAGGUCAUCCUCGCUGAAUGGAGGGCUGAACAACGACAGGAUUAUCCCCAUGCACGCCGUGCACACUAACCCAAAUCUAAUCUGACUCUCUCUCCUUGCACUCAGCGCUUUUAAACGGCCAGCCGACACACUCUUUUCAUGCGCAUCUAGUGGCUCUGACUUAUUUUCACACGGUUUGAGUUGAUUAGAAUCCCCUUAAAGGCUGACGGUAUGAUUACUUUUUCACAGACAGCCUGUUUUGGGCUUUUGGGAUUUGAAAAUGUAUUAACAAUAAAUAAUUAUUAAAGCACAUAUUAAAUGUAAUAAGAUAUUUUUGCAAAAUUGGCAAUUUUGUUUUGCACAUAUAUGCAUAAUCCAUGAGUUUAAAAUACACACAUGCACGACAGGUUGCACCCGUGUGUCAAUGACAUUUGCAGUGAGGGCGAACAAACUUUUUGUUUUGUCGAGGCUAUGAUGCAGCUCGGGCGGGAGGGGGAAAGGAGAGUUGAUUUGAGGCAAGGACCAGAUGUGUUGUUUUUCCUGAGGGAGCUAAUACAUUUAUACACUCAAAAAAAUAUACAGUGGAACCUCGGUUAGCAUCUGCCCCGGUUAGCGUGCUUUUUGGUUAACGUCAAAAGUUUUGACUUGGUUUGCGUGCAUUCUCCGGUUAGCGUACAAUAUGGCGGGCGUCUUGUCGUGUUGUUGAUACAACUGUGUUUCUUAAUGUAUUUUUUUUUAAAUCAAAAAAACGUCCUUCCCUUUUAGCAUCCUAUUAGCUAGCUUACAAAAUGGCAACCGGAAUAGGAAGUCAUGUCACCCGUCUAUGAUGUCAUCAGCAAAUGACUCUCAAAAAUGUUUUUAUAGUUUUACAAUUGUAUUUUUACAUGCAUUUACAUGCAUUUACAUUUAAUGUUACUUUUACCCUCAUUGAAGACAUGACUGUUCCCAAAGACACGAUGUGGCAGUGAGAUCAACCACCACCACCUUCCUGUUGUCAGUCAAGUCAAGAAUCACGUCUUCAAUGUCUUAAAUGUUCAUUUAUCCCUUUCAUUCAUCAUUUAUAUGCGUUUUAAAAAGUUUUCAGCAUGUAAAACUAUAAUUGUAAAACUAUAAAAACAUGUUUUGUGUUGACAUUUUUGGCUUUCUGGAAUGGAUUGGGAACAUUGCUUCAGUUGACAUACAUUUCACUUAUAGUCCGCCCUUCUGGAAGAAAUUAAUGUGGCUAACCAAGGUUCUACUGUAUACGCUUUUUGCUCCCAUUUUGCAUGAGCUGAACUCAAAGAUGUAAAACCUCUUCUAAAUACACAAAAGGCCGAUCCCUCUCAAAUAUUGUUCACAAAUCCGUCUAAACCUGUGUUAGUGUUAUUCUCAGUGAGCAAUCAUUAUUCGUAAUACAUAAUCCAUCUAAAUCACAGGUGUGGCAUAUCAAGAUGCUGAUUCGUGCUGACAGCACGAUUAUUGCACAGGUGUGCCUUAGGCUGUCCGCAAUAAAAAAGUCACUCCAAAACAAAACGUGUACUUUAACUGUAUGAGGUGUGUGUGUGUUUCCAUGGGGGGUCCCAAAACCACCAUUUGCCUCAAACACUGUAUAAUCCAGAGAAUGUUUGGGAUGCUCUGGAUACGGUGUUUGAGGCAAAGGAUGGUCACACCAGAUAUUCACCGCUUUUCGGACUCGCUCCUCUCUACAAGGCAGUGUGCAAAUGCUCAUGCGGGCCGAAUGGUUUGGCAAGCUACAGUCAAACUUUUGAAAAAAAAAAUUGUCAUGUGAUAAGUUAACUUCAGUGAUAUUGCUCUCAUAUGAAGGUAUAGCAAAGCAUAAAAAGUACAGCACCAGUUGGCGUAUUUUAUAUCUGACUGAGAGCCCUGAAUGUCGUCCAGUUCCGUGUUUCUGUGUUCUAAUGCACCGGAUCACUUGUGGGAUUAGUGUGUCUGAGUGACACUAAGGGUGUACAGUACUCACACUAUCCCACGUCUUAUCUAAAUUCCAACACAUUUGGCUACUGUGGGUGCGCUGAUCCGUGCUCAAGUACGGCACAGAUUUGGGCCACAGCCAUAACUGUAAACCCUCCCGUUUUGACGUCCCAUUUUAAGUUUCUUGUAAAAAAAAAAAAUCCUCGCCGGUUCUCCUGGAGCAGCAGGAGUCAGGUCCCCCCUCACAAAAUUUUGUUUUGGUGGGAACGGUUGUGGUAAAAUCAGAAUUUCACUGAUUUUCUCUUAUAUUUCCGAAACACGCACAACAUGGCCGAGUCAAUGAAAUGCAAUCGCUUCUGGCAUGUUCUUGAUGCUUCAUGAUGGAAUCAAUUUUUUUCGCCUGUCAGGGCGUGACUGAGCGAUUUGGCUUCAUUUUUGUCCGCCAUUGGACAUCCCCAAAUGCUGGGCAGCAGCAUGUGCCGUUACACCAGGGCACUUUUCAUAAUAUAAAAAAAAAGAUAAAAAAGAUAAUAGAUAAUAAUAAUAAUAUAAUAAUAAUAAAAAAUACAAAUAAAUAAUCACUAAUAAAUAAUUACAAUAAAUUAAUAAAUAAUGCAAAAAUCACAAAGCGCCCCUGCCUCCCUGCCACUGCAUGAAAGACGUGUACAGUCGUCCCUCGCCACAUCACGGUUCAAACAUCGCUCCCUCACUCUAUCAGGGUUUUUUUUUUCGUGGUUUCGUGGACUAUGGAAUAUUAUUAGACCAAAAAUAUUGAAAAAGAAGUUAUGCAUAAUAUUCUGGCCACCAGGCAUCAGUAACAUUAUAUGACAUUAGACUAGAAUACCUUCACAUGGCAUGUAGUCAGCCAUGGCAUGUCCGACACACAUAGUUCUCCUCCCAUUCCUUGUGGAAGUGGUAAGGUUUUGGCUUCUUACGUUGUCCCCACUUCGUUCGAAACACUUUCUUAAGUUUAGAAUGAGUAAAUUGGAGAGGCUAACUAGUUAGCUCGGCUUUGCUUGUGGCGGCCGUCUCUUGUGUCCCUGCAGCGAUCCCGUAGAGUUGGCAUUACAGUUGAGCAAUGCAUUGCAAACAAAGAAUAGAACCAUUGUAAAGGUGACUAUAGGGGUGUUAUUUCAUGUCUACAGAGCUCUAAUAAUGAUAGAAUUGUAUUUUGAAAGUCAUAAACAGGUUUUCUAUGCUCUAACUACAAAAAUAUUCAAUUUAUUAAUCUAUUAAUAUUCAAAUUAUUGAAUCCUACUUUGAGGAAAUUCACUUAUUGCAGUUGAUUCUGGAACCAAUCAACCGCGAUAAACAAGGGACAACUGCAAUGCAAUUGCUCCUCUCACAAGUCAUUAAUGAAAGUCACCCGCUUGCCCCCCACCACCCCGCCCUCUAAGUCUUGUAUGGUGCGUUGUAUAUUGGCACUGCCAAAAUGAUGCGGGGUGAUUUUAUUCGGACAAAAGGUGAAGUAUUCCCGAGCCACUUGUUGUGUUUGUGCAUCGGCGGGAGGGGAGGUGGACCCUGGGGGAUGGGAAGUGAGGGACAGAUGGGAAUGACACAUGGUCCCGGUUGGCCUCCUCUCCUCGCACCCCUCCCCUCACAGACUCUGCCUAAUCUGACCGGGUAGAACAGGGUGAAAGGAUGGGGGAGGGCACCGGGCAUUCGCCACCACCUCUCCCUCUUUUCUGGCACCAGAGACACAGAUCCAAAGCAUGCUGGAUAUGGGAAAAAAAAGAGGACUUCUUUUCCAGUGAGGCUGGACUGAGGGAACUCAAGUAGCGCUCAUGCUGAGGUUUUCAGUUGCAGGGAUUCUAGAUUUAUCGCUAAUCCAACAUAAGAAGAGCGUAGGCACAAGUUGCUGCAGGACCGAGCGGCAUGCGUUUGCUUUUUUAUUUUGUUUUCCCGUCAAGAGAUGCAAGCCUGGCAGGCCUCUUUAAGGAUGUAACGGUGCCAUCUUCGGAGGCAUUCGAAGACUUAAUUGCUUGAGGUUGGAAAUCCAUGGCCAAAUGUCGAGUUGUAGCGGGUGACCAGAAGCAGUUCACAGGCACAAUGUCCGCCAACCAGGCGAUGAACCGUCGUGGCGUCUACAACUACUUCCUCAACAUGGUGGCCUAUCAGAUAUGCUGCUGCUGUGGACCGGCUCCCUGCUCGCUCUGCUGUGCCUUCUGUCCUCCCGUCAAAUCGUCCACCAGCACGCGAGUCAUGUACACCCUCUUCCACAUCAUGAGCUGCGCCGUCUCCUGCCUCAUGCUGUCACGCACCGUCUCCGAGCUGGUCAGGGAAAAUGUGCCUUUCUUCAACGUGAUGUGUGAUCAGGCACAUGGCGGAGGUCACUGUGAGAUGCUUGUGGGCUACUCGGCAGUCUACAGAGUCUGCUUUGGCACUUCCUGCUUCUACCUGAUGAUGGCCAUCUUCCUCAUAGAUGUGAAGUCCAGUCAAGACUUCAGAGCGCUCAUACACAAUGGUUUCUGGUUCCUGAAACUGAUCACACUGCUUGGAAUGUGCGCGGCUGCCUUCUUCAUCCCAACAGAAUCAUUCCUGCAUGCUUGGCAUUAUGUUGGUGUGGUGGGUGGAUUUGCCUUCAUCCUCAUCCAGCUCAUCCUCAUCACGGCUUUUGCACACACCUGGAACAAAAACUGGCUUACCGGAGCAGCAGAAAAUAAGCGUUGGUACUUGGCAGUGAUGUGUGCCACCCUUUUCUUCUACACCAUCGCCACCAUGGCCUUCACCUUUAUGUACAAGUACUACACGCACCCCAUUGCCUGCCAAUUCAACAAAGUACUGCUCUGGGUCAACCUGGGACUCUGCAGCCUCAUGUCCUUCAUUGCCGUCACGCCCUGUGUGAAGCAAAAGCAGCCUCGAUCGGGGCUCCUCCAAGCCUCCAUUAUCAGCUGUUAUGUUAUGUACCUGACGUUUUCUGCACUGUCCAGCCGCCCUCCUGAGAAAGUUGUGUAUCAGGGCAUGAACAUGACUGUCUGCUACCCCAACGUGGGACAAGAUGGCAUUCAAAAUGAAGGCAAUGCUGUGGCCAUCAUUGGAGCUGCAAUCAUGUACUGCUGUGUUCUCUUUGCAUGCAAUGAAGCCUCUUACCUUGCAGAGGUAUUUGGUCCAUUUUGGAUGAUCAAAGUUUACCGCUAUGAGUUCCAGAAAGCCACCUGCUGUUUCUGCUGCCCUGAGGAGGAUGAAGCUGAGGAAGAGUUUGUGGUGGAUGACGACAACAAAGGCUGUCAGAAGGUUAUUCACAAUGAGACCCAGAGAGUAGCUUACAGCUACUUCUUCUUCCAUUUUGUCUUCUUCUUGGCCUCGCUUUAUGUCAUGAUGACCCUCACCAACUGGUUCAGUUAUGAGUCGGCGGUGCUGGAGACCACCUUCACGCACGGCAGCUGGUCCACUUUCUGGGUGAAGAUGUCAUCGUGCUGGGCCUGCGUCAUCCUCUACCUUUGGCUGCUGCUGGGCCCCUUGUGCAGCUGUCAAAACGAAUCCAGACCUCGCCGCUCCCGCAUUAAACGCCGCUCGCCGUCCUCCCGCCAUGUCACUGUCAGCGUCUGACACGCCCUGAGAGAGCCAGCUAGUGUGGGAGGUCACAUGACUCCGUUCACCUCCAGUGAGCACGCGGCUCAAGGGGUUAAAGACUCACAUUGCAGUGAGACGGUCUAAUCAGGGGCCCGGUUUGGCUUGUGGUGACCAGCCCUCAUGAAGACUGGCUGACUCGCCAAAGUGAUCAGACGAACUGCACUGUGAUGGAAAUACAGCCAAUAGAUGGACAUAUUUUGUUACUUUCAUAUCAUAACAAAAAAAAUCUAGCUGUUAGCCACAACAUGAAAUAAGUGAACUUUUUUUUGGGCACAUCAAAUCAGGUCCUGGCUUAUUGUUAGUUAUUAUUAACCUUAAAUGCUAUUCUGUUUACUUAAACCAGGGGUGUCCAAAGUGCAUUUUUGGCCCGUCAUUUUUUAUUGGCCCUCGGCAUAUUAUACACAGGUGGUCCUCGUUUUAGAACGUUCCGUGUUUAUGGUCAUUACGGUCAUUAUGGUCGGUAAACAUGAGACUACAGUAGUUAAAGCAGCCCACGGAAGAAUACAGUGUUUACCCGCCUGGAUCAGUUCGCUUGUUACAAGCGACAGUGCGCCAAAGAAACGGAACACCAUCACCGUGGAAGUGAAAAUGAACAUUAUAAAAAGCUCAGAGAGGAGACACGCCCACAAACUGUGCCCAAUUAGAGGGGUCAUGGAUUCUGUGCGCUGCUACAAGGAAGGAAAAUAGGUUGUCCUCAUUUGUAACCACCUGCAGUGUAUAUAUGGCCCUGGCUAUGAAAAGUGUGGACAUCCCUGACUUAGCGUGUCUUUUCAGACAACUGUAAAUAAUAUUUUAGGUGAAACAUUACAUUUUACAUGUUUACAUUUUUUUAUUUACCACAUAAAAGAUCAGAGCUCUGUCUCUACAUCAUAUUCACUCUUUUAUACAGUUUAAAUGCUGAUGUAAUCAAGCACACGUUCAAUUCCUGUUUUUUUCAACUUUUGCUGACAGGAAUUGUCCCUGUGAAAUAGAAAUGUUCUGAUUGUGUACAUCAGGGGUGUCCAAUCUCCACAUAAUGAAAACUGAAAAAAUGCAAGGGCCACUUUUCUAAGAAGUUAUAUAUGGCUAAAAAACCUGCAUCUCAGCAUUGUCAUAUACAGUUGUACCUUGGUUACGUUUUGGCUUGUUUUCGCUUGUUUUAACUGAAAAACGUGCUGGGGUGGACGUUAACCAAGGUACCACUGUAGGUGAAAAAGCAUAUUAGUAGUAUCAACUUUGCUCUUUGCUCUUUUUUUCCCCAAAUUUUCUAAAUAUUUCAACUUUCCUCUUAAAUAAUCUUCAGAAACUUUCUUCUCGUAAUAUUAUGACUUUAUUCCCAUUAUAUUUUAUCUUUAUUCCAAUAUACUGUAACAUUUUCCCCAACCUAGUUGUGCAAAAAUGACAACUUUAUUUUGUUUUGUUUGUUUUUCAUAAUAUUACAACUCUUAAAAAGAAAACAUUUUUAAUAUUUAAUAAUUUAACACUAUGCUACAAUUUUUUUUCCCUCAUAAUAUUCUGAGUUUAUUAUAAAAUUGUGCCUUUUUUCUGUAGUACUCUGGUACUAGGCGGCAGUAUUGACACAAAACAUUGAUGAGACAUUACCUUACCUUACAUUACCUUAACACUGCAUGAAGUCAGCCACGGCAUGUACGACAUGGUAGAGUGAAAAAAAGUUCUCCCCCAUCCCAUGUGGAAGUGGUACGUUUUUGGCUUCAUUAGUUUAGAAAAAAUUAAUUAGAGGCUAACUAGUUAGCUAGCUAGCGGCUGUCUCGAGUCCAUGCAGCAUAAGAGUUGCACAAUAUGAUAUAAACAAUGGAUAAUAGGAGUAUAAAGUUGACUUUAGGCAUGUUAUUUCAUGUCCACAGGGCUCUAAUAAUGUUAAAAAAUGGAUUUAGAAAGCCAUAAACAGGUUUUCUAUGCUUUAACUACAAAAAUAUUUCCUUUAUUAACAUUUAAUCCUAUAGUACGGAAAUUCAUUUAUGGUGGUCCAGUCUGGAACCAUCCAUCCAUCCAUAUUCUAUGCCCCUUGUCCUCACUAGGGUAGUGGGGGCAUGCUGGAGCCUAUACCAGCUGACUCGGGGCGAGAGGCAGGGCAGGGGUAUUGAACCAAUUAACUGCUGCAGUGACGACUGUAUUGCGACUUAAAAAAUAAAAAUUCUUUCUUUAAUAUUUCAACUUUAUGCUCCUAAAAUGAUUUUAAAAUGAUUUUUCCUCCUAAUAUUCUGACACUAUUCUCGUAAGAUUGCAGUUUUUCUCUUAAUAAUCUUUCUCUUAAUAAUAAUAGAUUAUUAAUCUAAUAAUUAGAUUUUAUUCUUUUAAUUUACUGAUGAUUUUUCAAUCUUUUACUGUUUUUCUUCCUAAAUUAAAGUUAAAUUCUAAUUUUAGAAAGUGCACUUUGCACACCUCUGGUGUACAUGAACAUAUCAUCCUACUUGACAAAGCGUUAACAAACCCCCUCUAAUUGGGCACAUCUUAAAAACAUAAAGAGUGCAACAAAAAAAAACACCUUGAAGAACCUGCAAGAAAAGUGGAUGACCCGCACAGUAAUUUUCACCCAUCCAUCCAUCUUGCUUAUCAUGUUCAGGCCAGCCAAUCACAGGGCUCACAUAGAGGCAGGCACUCACAAUCACACCAAGUCCCUGAGCCAUGCUGUCUGAACGAGUAGAUCGCUACUGAAGAUAAAUAUUCAUAACGUGAGGGGCAGCUAAAAACGUGCUUGUUAAACGAACCAGAUGGCACGGGGAUCGACUCCAGCUCAUCUGUGGGCCUGCAGAGGAUCAAUGCUGUAAAUAUCUCUAUCUGGUUUACAUAUUUCUACAUUUGAUUUAGACAUAUUACAAGCCAGGAGGACGCUGAGAGGAUAGAACUUCCUUGCCUUCAAAUGAUUUUUUAUGUCACUUCUCAGAAGAAUUUAGUAGGCUUGUAUCCAAAAAUACUGCAGUUCUUUGUAAAUUGGCACAUUUUGUAGGUUCACUUUGAAGCAUUUGUUGUUGUAGUACAGUGGAACCCGGCUGACUGACGUCGGCAUAAGCGGUUGUCGACAUAGCCGGAAUCAAAACAUAAACUAGCCAUUGCUUGCACAUUUACUUUUGCCAGAGACAUAAGGAGAAUAGGUGAUAAUAAAGGAUUUUUUAAAUAUUUUUGUGUUUUCAUAUAUUUUAUACUCUUAUCUAACAGAGCUGCUGCGCUAACUUUGUUGCUUGUCUUGACUACAAUGACAAUAAAGAUUUCUUCAGGUGGCUAACAAUCUAAAAAAAAAAAAAAAAAUGAAGUGUGCUGCCAUGCUUUUAUUGCACUGAACAGGAAGUGAGUUUUAAUGCUGUGUAACUAGACCGGAGUUAUGUUGCUGUUGUCGUUUCAUGCUGCUCAGCGAUAAUGACGAAGUGAACAAUACUACAACACGUGUUGACAUAAACUGACCCGUUUUCCGUAGAAAUGACCCCUUUUUCUCCCAAACGUUAUGUCAACACAAACCAUGGAUGUCGACGUCGACUUAAGCGGGCACUGUUUUAGUAAUAAUAAUAACACAAGUUGGCCAACAGAGACAGGAUGAUGACGAACAGGAGCGACUUAAACGGGUUCCACUGCUUAUGUAAAUACAUAAUUUCCAUAAAUAUCUGACUUCAAUUUGAACCUAAUUGUCAAACACAGUGGAACAUUGGUUAGCGUCAUUAAUUAGUUUGAGACGGUGCGACUAACUGAAACAGACGCUAACCAAAUCAAAUUUCCCCAUUAGAAAUAAUGUAAAUCCAAUUAAUCCGUUCCAGAAAGCCAAAAAUGUUAACACAGAACACGUUUUUAUAGUUUUUACCUUCAUUGAAAACAUGAUUCUUAACAUGACUGAGCAGGAACAGGAAGUUGGUGGUGGUUGCUCUCGCUGCCACAUCUGGUCUUUGGGAAGUCAGGUCUUCAAUUAAGGUAAAAGUAACCUUCAUUUAUCCCUUUCAUUCAUUUAGAAUAGUUUUAUGCAUGUAAAACUAUAAAAACGUGUUUUGCAUCAACAUUUUUGAGUCAACCACUGAUGACGUCAUAUACGGGCGACAUAACUUCCAGUUCCGCUUAAGCUAGCUAAUAGGAUGCUAACAAGAAAGAACGUUUUGUGAUUAAAAAAACAAACAUUAAGAACGCAGUUGGACUCAUGCAGUGUAUUCACAACACGACAAGACGUACGCUAAUUGGGAAAUCCACACAAACAGAGGCAAAAUUGUGGUGUAAAAUCCACAAGACACGCUAACUAGGGUGGACGCUAACCGAGGUUCCACUGUGAUAUUCUACUCAGUUCUUGUGAAAAGGCGAUGGGUGUUUAGAUGCUGGGUUUACCCCGGUGUGUUGCGAAUCUACAGUGAAUGCUUCCUUCCUGUUGAGGUUGAGUGGUGAGUCGCUGUUACUGAUGGGCAAAUGGAGCCGAGUGUCUGUGAUGACUUGUUACGGUUGAUGAGCAGCAGUUGGGUUCAGUCAAAAUGAAGUCAGGCACCGCCAGUUAAGUAGCAACUAUCCUCAAUCCUCACUUGUCUUUUUUUUUUUUAAAUACAACUUUUCUUUCCAAA